AUGCCGCCACAGGGGGUGCAACUGAGUAUUCAAGAUCAUCAUGUUGUGAUGGACAAUGGCAUACUAAGAGUCACCUUAUCAAACCCUGAGGGAAUUGUCACUGGAAUACAGUAUAAUAACAUUAACAACUUGCUUGAAGUUUUGAAUGAAGAAUCUAAUAGAGGGUAUACUUUACAAAGUCGUAUUUAUUUUUACAAACUAGGGAACUUGGUUUGGUAUUGGGACCUUGUUUGGAGCUCGCCAGCAAGUACAGGAACCACUGGUGGAUUUGAUGUGAUAAAAGGAACCACUUUCAAAGUUAUGGUUGAAACUGAGGACCAAGUUGAGUUAUCCUUCACCAGGACGUGGGACACUUCCCUUGAGGGCAAGCUGGUUCCUUUAAAUAUUGAUAAAAGGUUCAUAAUGCUUCGUGAUUCUUCCGGCUUCUACUCCUAUGCAAUUUAUGAGCACUUGGAGGAUUGGCCUGCUUUCAAUCUUGACGAAACAAGAAUCGCUUUCAAGCUUAGAAAAGAAAAGUUCCAUUAUAUGGCGAUGGCAGAUAAUAGACAAAGAAACAUGCCUCUUCCGGAUGACCGAUUACCACCAAGAGGCCAAGCCCUUGCUUACCCAGAAGCAGUUCUACUUGUCAAUCCUAUCGAACCUGAACUUAAAGGAGAGGUGGAUGACAAGUACCAAUAUUCAUGCGACAACAAAGAUAGCCAAGUUCACGGAUGGAUCUGCAUGGAUCCGGCAGUGGGAUUCUGGCUAAUUACACCUACCAAUGAGUUUCGAUCUGGUGGACCCGUCAAACAAAACUUAACUUCCCACGUGGGACCUACCACGCUUGCUGUGUUUCUCAGUGCUCAUUAUAGCGGAGAGGAUCUGGUGCCUAAGUUCAAAGCUGGAGAGGCAUGGAAGAAAGUUUUUGGUCCAGUUUUCAUCUAUUUGAAUUCUCCGUAUGAUGGAAGUGACCCUGACCCCCUUAAGCUAUGGGAAGACGCUAAACUGCAGAUGUUGGUGGAAGUUCAAAGCUGGCCUUACAGUUUUCCUGAGUCAGAGGAUUUCCCAAAGUGGGACAAACGUGGUCAUGUUAGUGGCACGCUAUUGGUUAGAGAGAGGCAUAUAAGCGGUGAUUCUAUAUCAGCGAAAGGUGCUUAUGUUGGCUUAGCUCCACCAGGAGACGUGGGAUCUUGGCAAAGAGAAUGCAAGAAUUAUCAGUUCUGGGCUAAAUCAGGCGAUGAUGGCUAUUUCUCCAUCAGCAAUAUACGUGCUGGCGACUAUAAUGUUUAUGCAUGGGUACCUGGUUUUAUUGGUGACUAUAAAUAUGAUGUAGUUUUGAGCAUAACAGAAGGUAGUGACAUUGACAUUGGUAAUCUUGUAUUUGAACCUCCAAGAGAUGGUCCAACAUUGUGGGAAAUAGGCAUCCCUGAUCGCUCAGCUGCUGAAUUCUAUGUUCCUGAUCCAAAUCCCAAAUAUAUCAACAAACUCUAUAUUAAUCAUCCUGACAAGUUUAGGCAGUAUGGGUUAUGGGAGAGAUAUGCAGAAUUAUACCCUGACAAAGACUUGAUCUACACAGUAGGUGUUAGUGACUACACCAAAGAUUGGUUCUUUGCUCAAGUUACCAGGAAGAAAGAUGAUAAUACAUAUCAAGGAACCACAUGGCAAAUCAAGUUUCAGCUUGGUAAAGUGAACAAAAGCAGUAGCUAUAAACUCCGAGUGGCUUUAGCAUCGGCAACAUUUUCUGAACUUCAGGUUCGAGUUAAUGAUCCAAAGGCGAAUCGUCCUUUAUUUUCAAGUGGGUUGAUAGGAAGGGAUAACUCAAUUGCUAGGCACGGAAUUCAUGGGCUUUAUUGGCUUUUCAAUGUGGACAUACCAGGUACUCGACUUGUUGAAGGAGAUAAUACCAUCUUUUUGACACAGGCAAGAGGUAAUGGCCCAUUUCUGGCCAUUAUGUAUGAUUAUAUUCGUUUGGAAGGUCCAGCCACCGUUUAGUUUCAAUAAGAAAAUUUGAGAAACAUUAUGUUUCGCUAAAAUAUUCAAU